CAGAAGGAUUCCAGCUGCUGUUUGGAGUGGGCUGUCAGCUCCUGCUCUCUGCUCCUGUUCCUGCUGCUGUCGCCUUAGCAAGGAGAUGAGCUUCUUGUUUGGCAGUCGCUCUUCUAAAACCUUCAAGCCAAAAAAGAGUAUUCCAGAGGGUUCACACCAGUAUGAGCUGCUCAAACAUGCAGAAGCCACCCUGGGCAGCGGAAAUUUGCGCAUGGCUGUUAUGCUGCCAGAGGGAGAAGAUCUUAAUGAGUGGGUGGCUGUAAAUACUGUGGAUUUCUUCAACCAGAUCAAUAUGUUGUAUGGAACAAUUACCGAUUUCUGCACGGAGGAGAGCUGCCCAGUAAUGUCUGCUGGACCAAAGUAUGAAUAUCACUGGGCUGAUGGAACCAACAUUAAGAAACCAAUUAAGUGCUCUGCUCCCAAAUACAUUGAUUACCUGAUGACUUGGGUACAAGACCAGCUUGAUGAUGAAACACUCUUCCCUUCCAAAAUAGGUGUUCCUUUUCCAAAGAAUUUCAUGUCUGUGGCAAAGAUUAUCUUGAAGCGUCUUUUCAGAGUCUAUGCUCACAUCUACCACCAGCACUUUGAUUCAGUAAUUCAGCUUCAGGAAGAGGCACAUCUUAAUACAUCAUUCAAGCACUUUAUUUUCUUUGUUCAGGAAUUCAACUUAAUCGACAGAAGAGAACAGGCCCCUCUUCAAGAAUUAAUUGAAAAACUGACCUCUAAGGACAGAUAAGAUUCCAAUUAAAUGAGCACAGACACAGUUUAUCUUGAGCAAGCUGUUUUCUUAUUCCUGUUUAAUUCAUAGCAGCCAAAAUAUUUAACUUUUUGUGUGAGCUUGUACCAAGAGAGGAUACUGCAGGUAUUUUUUCUCUCUUCGCCUUGUGAUUGUCUUUUAUACACAACCUGUUAGGAGGGACAAGAAAGGGAUGUAUAAACCCAGUGUAUAUUAACCUCUAAAUACACUUUACAAGAACCUCCUGCACUGAAGUAGUUAUCAAGCAUAAUGUGCCUAAUAUACAUACUCUUGGUCAUAGUUUCAUCAUUAAACAACCAGUUCACUUUGUAAAUGCUAAAAUUAGAUUUAAAGAAAAAGUUAUUUACAAAUACCAGAUAGCAGCCAAGUAAAUAAAAGAAGUGCAUACAAUCGAUCAGCUUAUGACUGUUGUAUAAACACAGUAUUGAUGUACCAAGAUUUGGGAAACCAAUCCGUAUCCCCCGAAUCCGGGCUGAACUAUGAAAUGGUCAGGGGAUAUUGAAACUGUAAUUCUACAAUUAACAACGCCAGUUGGCUCUUCCACUAAACACAAAGAAGGGCACUUAAAGCAGUUGCAAAUAUCCAUGUUUUCAGCACUCAUUAAAUUUGAACUCCAAAAUUGCGGGCAUGAGCUGCACAUUUAAGGUGUGUUCAUGUGUGAUUAUGUUAUGCAAAUAAUUUCCUUUAUUAAUUAGCUGUAGCAUCCCCAUUGGAUGCUAUGUGAAGAGCAGGUACUGACUUAAUCAUUGUUUAAUUUCUUUUUCUUUUUUUUUAUUCCCUAUAUCGAGUGAUUAUAUUUGCAUGUGCUGCAGUACUGAUCACUGAUUAAUGGCCUCAUACCAUUGUCUUUUGAACCCUAUGGAAGCUUUAUCUAUUUAUUUAGCUUUUAAAUAUAGCCAUUGACCAUACAAGCCUUGUUUUAAAGGCACGAUUACAGAGACAGCGAUAGAAUUGAGGGAGAACUUGACUGAAUUUCCCUAUUCACAUGAGCAUGAACCUAUAAUCUGUAUGGUUUUAUUUUCGUAACCUAUGUUGCUGCAAUAUACUUCAGUGAUUGACAUUUAUUUAUAAUUGACUUCUAGGGCAGGACCAUUCAGUCUGUGUUGCCAGUUAGAGUACAACUUUCUUUAGCCUCAGUCAAUUACUGAAGAUAACAGAGGAUACUGUAGGCAUAGGUUAGCGCCCCUAUAGGAAUAAUUACUAUUUCUUCCUAAAUACCAGACUUUGUGAAUGUUCCCCUAUUUAAAUUACGUUUGUGUACUACUUGUUAUGAAAACAAAUAUAUAGGAAAUCUUUCACAUGCGGUAAUAUCCAAUUAUCUCGAUACUUGUGCGGGACAGUGGCUAAACUGUUUACACAACUUCCAUAUGAAUAAUUUUAGGUUCUAGAGUAAACCUUCUAAACAGAGCACUAUGACAUUUAUUUUGUUUGUAAUGCUAAACAAAAUAGUCAUGUUGGGGGUAAAGGACAAAUGAGCUGCUAAAUUCUAAAAGUAGAGUAUUCAGCAUUGAAAUGACUGCAAUAUUCCUACAGAUUGCUCCACUUUGAAAACGUGGCCCCCAGAAUUGCUCUAUAGAAAUGAUCCUCUAUGUCUUUUCAAGUUACAUGUGGUGUGAAGUGAAAUCGUAAUUCUUAUAAAUAUCAAGUAACACUUCACAAUGGAAAAUCCAAAUGAUAACACAGUCUACUAAGUGUCAAGAUCUUAUAUUUUCGUGGGCAUUUGCCGGAGUUGCAGCUGAUCAAUAAAUGGAGUUACUUUAUGAUUUUACUCCAGUAGCAUAUGAAUUCUACAGACUAGGGGGCAAGACCUUUUUCCUUUGUUGCCAAGGAAAACGUGAUGGUUCUGGCUCAGAGCAUUUCUGGAGUAAAAGUAUCUUGGAUUUCUAAAUCACUGUUAUGAGUUGUAGGAUGCUGUAUUAUACUGAUGUACAAAAGGUACUUGUGAAGACAUGCAGCAUAUGAAUGUG